AUGAAAGAAUUUUUACCUGAGCAACCCAAACGAGAAGCUAUUUUUUAUACCACGCAUGAAUUAAUGCGAAUGCAAGUUUUGAAGGAAAGUUCCAAUGAAUUGACAGCCUAUGGUAAAUUACUUGCUAAAUUACCGGAUUUUGAUUCUUUGCCAAUGACACAAUGUGUAUUAGCUGCUCUUCGAGACUACAAUUGCGGACGUGAUUUGAUUUGUCUUGCAUCUAUUCUAAGUGUUUUAAACACCACAAAUCUAUUAACACAAAUACCACAACGUUUUAAAAGUUCUGAUGGUGAUUUUAUGACACUUCUAAAUGUAAUGAAUGAAAUUUUAUUAAUUAAACAAUCUGUUCCAGCACGAGCAUUCAUAUUAGCACGUGUCUGUGAUGUGAAAGGUCUUAGUCAUAUAAGACAUGUUAUUGGACAAGCAUUAAGACGAUAUGAUACUUUAGAAAAAUCAUUUGAUCUUUGNAAGAAUGAAAUUACAGCUAUUAAACGAGCAGAACUCAAAUAA